ACGGUACCAUAACAAAACGACGGUACGACUCGGUUCGACUCCGACGACGAGCAGUUGAACUUGAAAUCAUGAUUACAUUUCUUUCAGUAAUAACUCUCCUUGUGUUAGUCUCAACUCACACUCAUACCGCUUCGGCAGUAUUUGAGGGGCCUCCAGUGAUAUUGAUCCCAGGAGAUGGCGGUUGUCAACUUGAGGCAACCUUGAACAGGUCAACAACUCUUCACCCAUAUAUCUGCCAAAAAAAGAGUGGCCUUUUCACUCUAUGGCUCAAUCUAGAUGAGUUUGUACCCUACUACUUUGACUGUUUCAUUGAUAAUAUGAAACUAAUCUAUGAUCCGAAGACAAGAACGAGUCAAGAUACAGAGGGUGUCCAUGUCUACAUACCGGGUUUUGGAAAUACAAGCACUGUGGAGUGGCUAGACCCGAGCAAGGUUUCUUACGGUUCAUACUACACUCAUCUUGUGGAUUCACUGGUUGCUCAGGGUUACAAAAGAAAUGUCAAUAUACGAGGAGCCCCUUAUGACUUCAGGAAAGCCCCCAAUGAAGGCGGCUCAUAUUUCUGGAGGUUACAGCAGCUUAUAGAAGAAACCUACAAGGAGAAUGGUCAUGAGCCAGUGGUGCUAAUAUCACACAGCCUAGGGUGUCUCUAUACUCUGUACUUCCUCAAUCAGCAACCAAACUCCUGGAAGAGCCGUUAUAUCAGGGCGUGGGUUCCAAUCUCGGGUCCGUACGCCGGCACAACCAAAGUCAUGCGGGUUAUAUCAUCAGGUGAUAAUUUGAAUGAGUAUGUGAUAUCAGCACUGACUGCCCGUAAUGCUCAGCGCUCCUAUCCCAGUUCCGUCUUCCUACUGCCAAACACAGACUACUGGAGCCCUGAAGAAAUCAUCAUUACUACGCCUAAAGCCAACUACACUACAAGAAAUUACACACAGCUAUUCAAAGAUUUGAAUUAUACUGUCGGGUUGGAUCUUCUACAAGACACACAAGGGCUAGUGAAGGAUAUCAAAGCACCAGAUGUACCUGUAUACGCUGCAUAUGGUGUAGAUGUAGCUACUGAGGAUAACUACACAUACACAGGAACAACAUUCCCUGAUACACAACCAACGAUAUCACUGGGCCUGGGUGAUGGAACCGUAAAUCUGCGCAGUCUAAGAGCAUUUAAAAAAUGGCGUAACGAGCAAUAUCCAACAGUGAUGUGGUAUGAAGUCAGAGGGCCAACUGGAGAACACACUGCUAUCUUAACAGAGAAAUCAGUUUUUAGAUUCAUCAUCAAUGAAGUCUUGUUUCCUUUCAUCAAGACAAAUUCUACAACGUCCAGGAAAAGAAACAAAGACGGUCAUAGAAAGAGUCCAAAGCUGACAUGACAGUGCAUGUGAGUAGACACUGCAGCUGCUUUUCAAAUGUCUUCUUCCUAUUGAUAGCUAGGUAAACAUAUUACUUAUCGUAUUAGGAUACUUACUAUGAUAAUGAGAAAUGUUAAUGAAUAUGUAUUAUGAAAUAUUAUUACCCGUACAAGGCAUUUUAGCAGAUAAAUAAAUGUCAUAAUUUGCUCGCCACUUUCAAUCCGAGACCAAAAGGGUAAACAUUUGCCGUGUUGCUCUCCCGGGCUUUGCACAUAUGAAUCCUGUCCAAAAACAGAGGGCAACAUUAGCUGUAUUUCUGCUAGUGCGCUUGCGCAGGAGGGGCCGAUUUUGAUCGCUAAUUUCAGUAUAU